AACUGCGCUCCCAUCCUCUCCAUCUGCCAUCUGCUGCUCCUCGUCCCCGUCCUCAUUUACCUGCAUCCCAUACCCCUCCAUCACUAGCAUUUCGAACCAUGAGUCAGCAAGCUCGCAUCAACGCUGUUCAGGACACUGUCCAGCGCCCUGGUCGCAGUGUUGACUGGCCUCAGACUGGAAACCGUCCCGCCUACGUUUCCGAAAUCUAUGGCACCAACGUCUUCUCCCUCAAGAACCUUCAACAAACUCUUCCCAAACCUGUCUACGCGCGCUUCAUCCAGCAAAUCAAGGGUCGUCAGACACUUGACAGGCCAACUGCCGAUGCUGUCGCCCACGCCGUCAAGGUCUGGGCCAUGGACCGUGGUGCAACUCACUUCACUCACUGGUUCCAGCCCCAAACCGGCACAACCGCUGAGAAGCACGACAGUUUCUUGACUUUGAAGACUGUCAUUUCUGGUGGAAUUGAAGAGACCACUGCCAUCGACGCGUUCUCCGGCUCUCAACUUCUUCAGUCUGAACCUGAUGCGUCUUCAUUCCCCAACGGUGGUAUGCGUUCCACCUUCGAAGCUCGUGGUUACACUAUCUGGGACACCACCAGCCCCAUGUUCAUUCGCAAAGGUCCUCACGGUACCGCUAUCCUCUACGUUCCCUCUGUUUUCAUCUCCUACAACGGAGAGGCUCUUGAUGAGAAGACUAUCCUUCUCCGCUCAUCUGAAGUUCUUUCGAACGCGGCUGUCAAAUUGCUCAACCUUCUCGGCGACAAGGAGACGAAGCGUGUGUACGCCACCUUGGGUACCGAACAAGAAUUCUUCCUUAUUGACCGUGCUCUUUACAACCUUCGUCCUGAUCUUAAGAUCACUGGCCGUACUCUUGUCGGUACUGUUCCUCCCAAGCACCAGCAGCUGGACGACCACUACUUUGGUCAAAUCCCCAGCCGUGUCCUUGCUGCCAUCAGCGAAGCCGAGCUCGAGCUCUACAAGCUUGGUGUGCCAAUCAAGACUCGCCACAACGAAGUCGCCCCCAACCAGUUUGAGAUGGCUCCCAUUUUCGAGGAGGCUUCCGUCGCUGUUGACCACAACCUUGUCUUGAUGGAGACCCUUCACCAGGUUGCUCACCGCCACAAGUUGAAGGUUCUCUUCCACGAGAAGCCUUUCAAGGGUGUGAACGGUAGCGGAAAGCACUGCAACUGGGCCAUGUCUACUGACUCUGGCGACAACUUGCUCGACCCUACUCUCAAGCCUGAGACCAACUACCGCUUCCUUCUCUUCCUUGUCGCUGUCCUUGACGCUGUUCACAAGCACGGUGGUUUACUCCGCGCGUCUAUUGCUAGCGCCAGUAACGAGCACCGUCUUGGUGCUAACGAAGCUCCCCCCGGUAUUGUGUCCGCGUUCUUGGGUGAGCACCUUACUGAGGUGUUGAACUCCAUUGAAGAGAACCGCGAUGUUCGCAACUUCUCCCAACCCCACCUUCAGGUUGUCAAGGUUGGAGGCACUGUCCUUGACCUCAAGGUUUCCACCCUUCCUCAGAUCGCCCGUGAUCUUACGGACCGUAACCGUACUUCUCCUUUCGCUUUCACUGGAAACAAGUUUGAAUUCCGUGCUGUUGGUUCCAAGCAAUCCCCAUCUUUCCCCGUCGUUCUCCUCAACUCUGCUGUCGCUCAGUCGAUUACGGAGGUUACAGAGGCGCUUGUGAAACAGAAGGGUAACAAGCCUGAGCCAUCAAUUGACGACAUCCUUGCCGUUGUCCGCAAGUUCAUUGCUGCCAGCAGGAACAUCCGCUUUGAGGGUAACAACUACUCUGAUGAGUGGGUCAAGGAGGCUGAGAAGCGUGGUCUUCCCAACAUCAAGUCUUGCCCUGUUGCCUUCCGUCAGUUGCUUGAACCUGAGCACGCCAAGCUCUUGACCUCCCUUGGUAUCUUCACCGAGGGCGAGUUGCACUCUCGUUUCCACAUUCUCAUGGAAAAGUACGCCAAGGACCUUGUCAUUGAGGGCAACACUCUCAAGAACAUGAUACUGCAGGGUGUCCUCCCUGCCGCCUACAACUUCAAGAAGGAGUUGGCAGAUUCUUUGAAUUCGCAAAAGAACCUUGGCCUGGACAUUGAGGGCUCACCCGAGCUGAGCACUCUCAAGAAGGUCAGCAAGCUUACUGCCGAGUUGCAGCAAGCUGUUGAUAAGCUCUCUGGCAUCAUUGACAAGGUCAAUGGAUUGGAGGACGAGAAGCAAGGUGACGUUGCUGGUACCGAAUUGACUGUUUCAUUGGACGAGGUCCGUCAAGCCGCGGAUGCAUUGGAAGUAUAUAUCGCUGACAAGCAGUGGCCAUACCCCAAGUAUACCGAGCUUCUGUUCUAGAGUUUCAUGGGUUAAUGUAGAAGAGCAUGCAGACAAUAGUAUGUUAGGAUGAGGCUAGAUGCGUAUGUUUGCUUUAAACAAAAUUUUGUGUUAUUUUUUCUCGAGUCUUUUGUUAUUUCCAUAAAUGAAUACAUUAUCAUGCUGUAUUUGGGAGUGGACCGAGAUGCAUUUAAAAGUCC